AUGGCAUCCAUAUUCCUCAAAUCCAGCACCACAAUCUUAUUCAUAUUUUCUACUCUUUCUAUUGCCGCAGCAGCUGGCGGCUUUGUGUUAGACAGCGACGGUGAGCCACUAUUCAAUGGUAGGCAAUACUACAUGAUUCCCCAAACCAUAGGCAUUGGUGGUGGUCUCACUAGAACAACCAAAGAUGAUUACACACCAUGCCCUUAUUACGUAACCCGAGAUAAAGAUGAAACCUCAAAUGGUAUGCCUCUUACCAUUUCAUCCCCUCUCAAAAUAUUGUACCUUCCUGAGUCUUCUUCAGUUAGCAUUGCGUUCCAAGAAAUGAUUACUGUUUGUAUUCAAUCCAUGGGGUGGGGGGUCGUUCCCGAUGAUUCAGCCGGUAAACUUUACGUGGCUACAGGCGGUGAUAACGUUAACUGGAAGUUUUUGAUUAAGCAAGCUGAGGAAGAGUCAAGGAAUAAUGUGUAUAAUAUAAGGAUUUAUAAUGAACAAUCAAGUAAAGAUAGUAAUGUUGGGUUUUUUGAGGAUGAUGGACUUUUGGGUGUUACUGAUGAUAUCCCUCUUAAAGUCAUGUUCAAGAAAGCUUUUGAUGUUAUUGAACUUUGA